UUGUGCGCUAGGAAAAAAAUAGCGAAUAAAAGGAAUACAUUAGCAACAAUAUACCAAAAUGGUUAAACAUAUAACAAUUACCCACAACUGUUCGCGCCCGUGCUGAAGCUUACAUCGUGUGUGCGCGUGCUAAAAAUCAUAUAGAACCAAAAUCCAAAUUACAACGCAAUAGGCGAUGGCGACGACGACCAACGAGAGUGCGUAGUGGUGGUAGUGGUACAAAAAACAGAAAAAAGCACAAAAAACGACCGACGGCCAGCAAAAAGUGUUCUUAAAAACAAUACCCAGUCAUACUAGUGUUAAUCUACGGCAGAAGAACUACAAGAACCGUGAAAACCAAGAAUAAAAACCUUGAGGGCUGUCUGUGCCUUUUGCUGUAAAGUUCAAGUUUCCUCCCCACACAACAGAUGAGAAAUGCAAAUAUCGCGAAUGGUUCUAAGCCACAACAGCAGCAGCAACAACAACAACAGAGUCAAGAGCAAAAACGAUAAUAAAAGCUAUAGCAUAAUCACAAUUAACCAAAUCUUGUCGAAUAGAGCAGCAGCAGCAACAACAAAAGCAGCAUGGCCGGCGUCUUGAAGUGGGUAGUAUUGGGACUCGUUUUCAUCGUUGGUGAGAAGCUGGUGAAUGCGCACGUUCUGGUCUACAGGACCCUGACAAAUCAGCUUCUUGAGGAAUUUAACGAUCUGCCGGCGCAUUUCGGUCCCAGCCUGCCACCAAAUGGUCUCAAAGUAUACGCCGUGCCCGCGAAUCCAUCCCAAUAUGCUUGCGAAAUAUUGCGGCAACCACCACGUUCGAUUUAUCCAUCAAAUGCCAAAUUUGUGGCUCUCAUAUCACGCGGCGGGGAUUGCACAUUUGAGCGGAAGGUGCGGGUGGCGCAGAACGCUUCCUACUAUGCCGUAAUUGUGUAUAACAAUGAGGGCGAUGAUUUGGAACAAAUGUCCGCCGAUAAUUCCACCGGUAUACACAUACAAUCGGUUUUCGUAGGCCAUAGCACAGGCAAGGCCUUACAGUCGUACUACAGCCCAGAUGUGGUGCUCAUUAUAAACGAUGAGCUGCCCUUCAACAUCAAUACACAAUUGCUAUUGCCAUUUUCCAUAUUGAUCGGCUUAUGUUUCCUUAUUAUGGUUAUUUACAUGAUCUGCAGAUGCAUACGCGAACAGCGAAAUAUGCGUCGCUAUCGCCUGCCCAAGAACUUGCUGAAGAAGAUUCCGAUGCUGCGUUACACCAAAAAUAAUCCGAGUAUUAAGUACGAAACCUGUGUGAUAUGCCUAGAGGACUUUGCGGAAGACGACAAACUUCGGGUGUUGCCGUGUUCGCAUCCCUAUCACAGCCACUGCAUCGAUCCCUGGCUCACACAGAAUCGUCGGGUCUGCCCCAUUUGCAAGCGUAAGGUUUUUACGAAGGGCGAAACGCGUGCAAGUCGGAAUCGACACUCUUCUUCGGAUAGUGUAACCGAUACAGACGACGAUACCACACCCCUAUUGCAGCAGGCAAAUGCUAUCUUAGAGGCAGCGUCGUUCGGCAGCACCGAGGAGGUAACUGCCGCAGCCAGCACCACCACACAUGGGACAUUCAGACGCCCUCAAGUGGUCAACAAUGGAUCGAUUCAUGCCCCAACAGCCCAAGCAGCACAGCCGGAGGAAAAUGACAGUUCCGAUGAUGAUGCUCUGUUGGCCCCAUCCACGCAGCGUCGUAUCAAUCCAUUCGACCGCUCACCAAAUUUGCCCGCACAUCUGGCCGUGCAAUUGAGCGGAGAAACACCCUCCCUGUGGUCGCGCAUUAAUGGCUUCCUAUUUCGUCGCCCCGUAAGUGUUGCAGCGCCACCCUAUCUGGACCAUCUGGAAGCAGGGACUAGUACGCAGGGAUUGCUUGGCCAGACAACAACAACAGCAGCAGCAGUGGUAGCAACGACAUCAGGGAACGGAAGCGCCGCUCUGGCUACACCCACAUCGAAUAACAUCCUAAACCCGAAUUUAAGCGGCUCCUUUAAGGACGAUGACGAUAUGCCACCGCACCGUUCCAUCUAUGAGCCGAUAGCGGCCACCACGCCCGGCAGCAAUCGUAUUGCAUCUGCUAGCGAGGCCGUUGAUUCGGAAUUCUUGCAGACACCCACACAGGGGGGCAUUGGUGUGGCCGCCCUGCCACCGAAUGGCGAGGGGGGAGGCUCGCGUCAGUUUCUCAUAUGAAGCAAAAACAUUGUUCAGUCGUAGAGUUAAGCAUAAUGCUUUGCAACUUUCCCCAUAAUUUAUGUACGAGUAGAAAUUAGAAGUUAGAGGGUGAAAAGAAAGACAGAGUCGAUAGAACGCGUAAAUUUGGGUUUCUGUAAAGCUGUGGCUGCCAGCUGCUUUGUUUUAAACAAUUAACUAAAACGUUUACUAUUACGACAUACUAUAUAUAGUUAAACAUCUCAGCGUUGAUUUGUGAGUUGUGUGUGUAUAUUGAUUAUUGUUUACGCGUAUAUAUGUAUAUGUAAGGUAUAACAAUUAUUUUGUGCAUGUUGUGCGCCUCACAAGCACACACACAAACAUAUAUACUUAUGCAUAUACAGAAUGUGAUUUAUUUUAUAUACAUUAUAUAUUAAUCCUGUAUCAUAUUAUUGGCUUGAUUCAAGAAAGUCCCUUCCCCUUCCCCAACAAAAAAAGAAAAUGAAAUUAAUUGAAAUUAUCAAGAAAGGUUUUAAAAAAUAAGUUCAACUGAUUUUAAUCAAUUGCUUCGUUUUUUCUUAUUAUUUUUUACCCAACGAUAAAAAAUUAACCAAAAAUAGAAAAAAGUGAGCAGGUACUUUGCUGGAACAAGUUUAUUAGAGAUCCUAGGCUUAAGUCGAAACUGGAGCAUGUGUAAUAAUAAAUACUUUCAACACAUCACACAAAUUCGAUGGAAAAAAUGUGCUGCAAAAGAAAGUCGACUUCCAAAAAUAAAUCGAGAAAAGAAAUUAUAUAAUAUAUUUGUGCUGUAUAUGCUGUUAUUCUACAUUUAACUAAUUUUAAGUUAAUUUUGUAACAUAUUAAAUUAAAACUAAAUCGCAACUGUUCCCCUUU